AUGAACAUUAUACAUCUUCUGUUCCUGGUGUUGACCUUCGUCGCGGCCGCAUGGCGUGACUGGGCAAACACCCCCGCCGCCGCCGCCGACAUCACCACCAUCACCAUCCCCGCUGGCACAAUGACCAUCACCGCGGCCACCAUCACCAUGACUGCGGCCACCCUCACUAUCACCGUCCCCAGUCGCGCCUGGCCGCCCGCCCGGUCCUACUCCUGUCCCGCCUGCCCUGCCCCGCCUGCCAGCCUGCCAACCGACGAGUUCCAGGGCCGUGUGCCCGCGUUGGAGGCGCUGGCCACGUCGUCCAGCUUGGACUGGGCACUGAUCCUGGUGACUGCCUUCAUCACUCUAGUAGCCAUUUUGUUUACUGCUUGGCUGCUGUGGGGGCUGUACAUCCGGGACGUGCCCGCCAUGGUGGAAGGAUAA